AUGACGAUUCUAACAAAGUCCUUUUCGGAGAAGAAAAGCGACAAUUCUAUCGCCCCGUUGGUGUUAAAUGAACAACUGCCUCCACCGACCGCCCCGGGAGAUGUAGAAGCCCAAACCUUCCCCGCUGCCCGCCUGCUGGUCUUCCCGUCGAGGGCGCACCGCGUCUCGACGGCGACCACCCUGUGCCUGCUGGUGACGGCGCUCGUCGUCGUCGGCGUCGGCAUCGUGGGCGGCAAGGUGCUCUACGACGAGUACCUGAGCGUGUCGAGGCAUCGGGCCAGGUUUGAGGGCUGGGCGCAGAUUCCCAUGAGUCCUGGUGACGAAUAUGAUGAUUUGCUUUCGGCAGAAAGUUCCCUAACAACUGAACGCUUUUCCGAUCCAGAAUGGAUGCGCGACGACCCCUCGCUGAAGGCCGUCCUCAGCGACUACUUCCAGGAGAACUUCGAGAUCGACGAGGACGAGCGCUACGAGAAGAUCGACGUGCCCGACUUCCGGGACGGGCGGUCGGGCAGGUUCGUGCACGACUUCAACUCGAACACGACGGGCAUUAUAGACGCUUCGGGCGGCCGGUGCUUCGUCAUGCCGCUGAACAGGGAUAACGUGCUGCCGCCCAAGUCGAUGCUCGACCUCGUGCAGAAAAUGUGGGCAGGGUACUACAAAGUUGACACUGAUCUAGUGAGGAAGUCAAUGCGAGUAGUUUUACCGCCUGUUGAAGACACCAAGACCAUUGGUGUUUAUAUUGCUAGCGAAUGCGAGGGAUUCCCAAUUUAUAAGUUGGAAAAGUUCGUUGGAGGAGUUGUUAAACGUUCAGCUGAUCUACACACUGAUGCCAAGUUUGCCCAAUUCGCUGGCAAAGGAAUUACCCAAAUCGAUAUAAUGAAUUUGGAGGAAGUUUACAACUACGAAAAGUCUUUGAGGAGUGCAAGCAGUUCUUAA